AUGGCUUUCUUUUGGGUUCUCUCCUGCCUUGCCUUCCUCGGCACAGCCUAUGGACAGGGGUGUGGCAUCCCGGCAAUCAGCCCUGUUAUCACAGGCUACGCAAGAAUUGUGAACGGUGAAGAUGCCGUUGCUGGGUCAUGGCCCUGGCAGGUCUCCAUGCAGCAAACAAAUGGCUUUCAUUUCUGUGGUGGCUCCCUGAUCAACGAAAACUGGGUUGUUACUGCUGCCCACUGCAGUGUGAGCACAAGACAUCUUGUGGUUGUUGGAGAAUACAACAAAUGCUCACAGGAUGCCAAAGCUCAAUUUAUCCCAGUCGCUAAGGCUAUUACUCAUCCCAGAUGGAACCCGAAGACCAUUAAUAAUGACAUCACUCUUGUCAAGCUGUCAUCACCUGUAUCGUUCAACUCUUACAUCUCUCCUGUCUGUCUUGCUUCAGCAUAUGAAUCAUUCAGUCCUGGCAAGCUGUGUGUCACUACAGGAUGGGGACUGACUCGCCCCAACGCUUUUGGAACACCUUGCAUCCUGCAGCAGACAUCUCUCCCUCUCCUGAGCAACCGUCAAUGUGAGCAAUACUGGGGCAACAUGAUCUCUGAUGUGAUGAUUUGUGCUGGAGCUUCUGGUGCUUCCUCCUGCAUGGGUGACUCAGGAGGACCCCUCAUCUGCCAGGAGGGAGGAGCCUGGUACCUGACAGGAAUUGUCUCCUGGGGCAGUAGCCGUUGCUCCCCAAGCAUACCCGGCGUUUAUGCCCGUGUGUCCGAACUUCGUAGCUGGAUCGAUCAGACACUUGCCAAUAACUAA